AUGGGGAGUCCGCCCAACAGAGAGGGGCUCCGGCGCCGCCGCCCCUCCCCGCCCAAGCCAGUCCCCGCCUCGCGGGGCGGCCAGCCGCGCACGGGCGAGUUCAUCUCCAAGUCACUUUUUGCAAACGCCUCGCACAGCCUCGACCGGCCUGCCCCCACUCGGCGAGCCUCGGGGACCCGGCCGACAGCCGGGCUCACGCUCUCACGAGCCCCUGAAAUCUGCCGGUGCUUGCUCUGCGGACUGAGCAGGGAGGUGUCCAGGGCUCCGGUGGGGUCCGCCCAUACCCGGCCCGUGCGCGGGAAGCUCGGGCUCCAGCGGGGAGAGGCGCUCCAAGCCUCCUCGCAGCUUUCAGAAAUCCCAGCUCAGAUAAAGAAGGAGAUGCCCGGAGUGCGCACACUGGGAGGGGCUGGAAUCCGUCUCCCCAGGAUGUGCCUUCACACGGCUGUCUGGCAUUCGAAAAACAGGCAAACAGGGCCGGGAAUCCUGCAACAGCGGCGGAAGCGGCCCUCGCCUCGGGCUCCUGGCCCCGGUCCAGCCAGGGAAUGGGGUAGCGGCUUCAAGGCAGGCAGCGCUUCCCUAGCACCUCUUAGUUUGGUCUGGGCCGCCGCGGGCUGCCUGAACCAGGUCCUGCGGUCCCCUUUCCUAGCUGGGACCUGA